CCGAGACCUCUUUUCCUCUUUUCUUCCACUCGCCUCGCCGCCUAGUUAAACAACCACGCAUGCGCCCUAUUCUCGACUAUUCACAUCCUUCACACUUGCAUGUGUUUAUGUGUACUUAUAUGCACCACCGCCAGUUGGCUGCACGUCCCCAUCGCAGCCGCCCCCGCUCAGCUCGUCAGUGUCUGCAGCUCGUCCGCCACCUCCUGCAGCUUGGUCUGCAGCUCGGGCCGUCGCCCGACCUCGUCUUGCCACGCCAAGAUCGCCGGGUCCACCUCCCCCUCCGAGUCAUCUUGGCCCAUGAGCGCCGCCUGGUCGCGUUCGCUAGCUGCACCAGCCCCAUUGGAGUCAUCUCGGGCGACCUGAAUAUCGCCGUGUCCAGGGCGCCCACGAUGGCCGGGAUCACCUGCUCCGCCGCCGCACGCGCCCGCCGCUGUUUCCCGGCGUCGCCCGUGACUAUGCGUCGCAGCGCGCGUAGUGCCACCUUUAGCAGGUUCCAGGCGUGGGACCCGAGGAGUCUCGAGCUUCAGCUGGUGAACUAUCAUGCCGCUCUCGGCACAGCAGAAGCGCGAGCGCCGCGCCGCGCAGCGCGCUGCCGAGGCUCAGGACGCGGCUCGCGGGCAGCGCAAGCCGGACGGCGCCGAGCCGGUGCUAGGCCGCCUCCGCUGCGCCUGCUUCCUUGCGCUGGACGUCGGCCGAGAAGACCGCUUCCCUCUGGGGACCCGACUCCGCGAAGACCGCGCGCGCGUCGUGAGUGGCGGCGCGCGCGCGAUCUCUGUUCCCGGGCACGCCGGUCGCAGUGGCAUGGGCUCCCAGGCUCAAAACAGCGCUCCCGUCAACAGCGAGCGACUGCGAGCGCCGCCUGCUCCUCCUCCCGCCGCCGCUCCACUCGCCGAGACAACUCGGUGCCGCCGUUCUCGCCGCCGCCGCCGCCGCCGCUGCCGCCGCCCUCCAUCUCGCGGCGCGUCCCUCUGAUGGCGCGGGCGCCUCGCUCGCCGGCGGCCUCGCCGCCGCCCCCCCCCUCUCGCCGCCGCUCCGCUCGUGGCCGCCGCCUCCCCUGUCAAUCCCGCCGCCUCCCCUGUCAACCCGCCGCCCGCACCACCGCCGCCACCGGCGCCUCGCGCCUCGCCGCCGCCCGCCACCGCCCUCCCCCGCGCCGCUGAGCGGUGCCCAGGGGGCGAGCCCCCGCUGCGCAGCCUCACCGCAGUGCACUGCGCUCUCCGCGCCCUUGACGUUUGUGAGGAGGUGGUGUUGCACAGCAUGGAGCUCGGCGAGCGUUUAGCGAGCCAUACG